AUGAAUUUGAAAUAUACAAUUCCUAUCUUUCAUAAUCACUUAUCUUAUUUAUUAAUUCAUUUUUUACAUCAGAUCUCACCCUUGAAAGUUUGGAUUUAUAGAAGCGGAUUUGCAAGGUUUUCCAAUACACGUUAUUCAUUAGAUGCAAUUAGUGACAGCUAUAUCCAUCUAACAAAUGUGGCUAUUCAGAAAACAGCUCCAGAUUAUGAUCCAGAAAAAGGCUGCAAAUGGUCUAUCCAACAGCUGAGACAAUAUCUUAAUGCUAAGCAUGGAUUAAAAGUUGUAUCAGACAUAUUCUGCCAAAUUGACUGUACCAUUAUAAAAAGCCUUCAAAGUGUACAAAAGAUCAUUAUUAAUGAUAAACACUGUUUUGAAACAUUUGGCUAUGACAUUCUGUUGGAUGAUCAGUUAAAAGUGUGGCUUAUUGAAAUUAAUGCCUGUCCAUCACUUACAGCCAGUGGAAAAGAGGAUUAUGAUCUUAAAUUUGGUAUGUUGACUGAUGUUCUGAAUGUUCUGGACUUGGAAAACAGAUUGACUGGUAAAGAAAAGAGGGUUGGUGGCUUUGAUCUAUUAUGGGAUGAUGGUCCAGUAUUUGCCGAUGAAGGAAACAUGCUAAUCAAUGGAAAUUCCCCUACCAUCAUGAAUUCAUUUUUAGGUUGUAAAAAUGGUCGGAAAAUACAUUUAAGACAAAUGUAUCAAUCACUUGCUGCUUCUCAAAAGAAAGAAAGUUAA